AUGAUUGCCAGAUUAGGCUUUGUUGUUGCUGCUUCUAUUGCAGCGUAUGCAGUAAAGCAGAUUAGUGUCAAGAGUUCAAAGCCAGCAGAUAAUUCUCUAAAAGAUGAUGGGGAAGACAGGGAGGACGCCAGGUGUUCGAAAAAUGGCCUCACAGGGGUUAUUGCCGAGCAAGAAGAAGAAGAGGAAGAAGAAGAAGAAGAAGAAGAAAAGGAGGAAGUGAAACAAAUAAGCAGCAUCAUAAAUACCACCUUAAGCACCCCAUCAGAUUUUGACGACGAGCUCUUACCGGAAUUCGAGAGCCUAUUAUCCGGCGAAAUUGAUUUCCCGCUCCCCGCGGACAAAUUCUCGUCAGCCACAGCAAAAGAUCUUGAAAGUGACCGAAUUUACGAGAAUGAGAUGGAAAACAAUGCCAGCGAGCUUCAACACCUGCGUAACCUCGUUAAAGAAUUGGAAGAGCGCGAAGUAAAGCUCGAGGGGGAGCUUCUAGAAUAUUAUGGCCUGAAAGAGCAAGAGUCAAGCAUAGCCGAGCUACAAAAGCAGCUCAAGAUCAAGACUGUCGAGAUCGACAUGCUUAAUAUCACGAUAAGCUCUUUACAGGCUGAGAGGAAAAAGCUUCAGGAGGAGAUUUCUCAAGGGGCUGCAGCCAGAAAAGAGCUUGAGCUCACGAAAAAGAAAAUCAAAGACUUGCAGAAGCAGAUUCAAAUGGAAGCUAACCAGACCAAAGGCCAGCUUUUGCUGCUAAAGCAGCAAGUGAGUGGGCUUCGGGUCAAGGAGCAGGAAGCAUUUCAGAAAGAGGAGGAGGUGGAGAAGAAGCUGAAAUCUGUAAAGGAGUUGGAGGUGGAGGUUAUGGAGCUCAAGAGGAAGAAUAAGGAGCUUCAGCACGAAAAGAGGGAGUUGGUUGUUAAGUUGGAUGCGGCCGAAGCUAAUGUCAAAGUGCUUUCGGACAUCACGGAGACUGAAAUGGUGGCCAAAGUUCGAGGAGAAGUCAACACCCUGCGCCACAUGAACGAGGACCUUGUGAAGCAAGUGGAAGGCCUCCAGAUGAACCGCUUCAGCGAGGUUGAGGAGCUCGUGUACCUCCGCUGGGUCAAUGCCUGCCUCCGCUUCGAACUCCGCAACUACCAGAACCCCUCCGGCAAAAUCUCGGCCCGUGACCUCAACAAGAGCCUGAGCCCGCGGUCCCAGGAUCGGGCCAAGCAGCUGAUGCUCGAGUACGCGGGAUCCGAGCGUGGAGGAGGAGGUGACACUGACCUGGACAGCAACUUCGACAACAUGUCUGUCGACAGCGAGGACUUGGACAACACAUCCAUCGACAGCUCUACCAGCAGGCUCAGCAAAAAACCUGGGCUGCUCCACAAGCUCAAGAGGUGGGGGGGCAGCAAGUCCAGAGACGAGCCUGGGUCCUUUUCCUCUCCUUCCAGGUCCAGCAUGAGCAGCAGCAGCCACAGGCCCAAGGGCCCUCUGGAGGCACUCAUGCUGAGGAACGCGGGAGAUGGCAUGGCAAUCACAUCAUUUGGGACAGGCGAGCAGGAUGAUUCUCCUGACAACGUGGCCUCGUCUUUCAAGGUAAUGUCCAAGUCAGUCGAGGAUGUCCUGGAUGAGAAGUACCCUGUGUACAAGGACCGACACAAGCUGGCCCUGGAGAGGGAGAAGCAGAUCAAGGAGAAGGCCCAGCAGGCGAGGGCUGUCAAAUUCCGGGAUAAUCCCAAAGUUGUCCUGCCCCCAAAACUCUCUCUCAUAAAGGAGAAACCGGUUGUAGCGCCAGGAGAAUCUAACGUCCCGUCAAGCGCAGGAGGUCAAGUAGAUUCUUCUCCACUUGUUAGUAAGAUGCAGCUUGCACAGAUCGAGAAGAGGGCUCCGCGGGUCCUGCGGCCGCCACCCAAGCCAUCCGACAGUGGGCCCGCCAGCCCUAAUGUGAAUGCGUCGGGCUUGGGCCCAGGUGGCCCUCCCCCACCGCCACCACCUCCCGGAGGACCGCCUCGGCCACCUCCGCCGCCGGGGAGCCUCCCGAGAGGGGCGGGAGGGGACAGAGUCCACCGCGCCCCAGAGCUGGUAGAGUUCUACCAAACACUGAUGAAAAGGGAGGCGAAGAAGGAUACGUCGUCUGCACUUGUGGUGGCUGCCUCGUCCAACACGUCGGACGCAAGGAGUAAUAUGAUUGGGGAGAUUGAAAACAGAUCGUCUUUCCUCUUGGCUGUUAAAGCGGAUGUGGAGACUCAAGGAGACUUUGUACAGUCGUUGGCGACCGAAGUUCGAGCGGCUUCAUUUAAUAACGUGGAGGAUUUGGUGGCGUUCGUGAACUGGCUGGAUGAGGAGCUCUCAUUCUUGGUGGAUGAACGAGCUGUCUUAAAGCACUUUGAUUGGCCGGAAGGGAAAGCUGAUGCACUAAGAGAGGCGGCAUUUGAAUAUCAGGACCUGAUGAAAUUGGAGAAGCAGAUCAAGCUCUCAUCCGUACAACUCGCUCGAAAGUACAUGAACCGUGUCGCAUCAGAGCUUGACGCGAUGAAUGAGCCCGAGAAGGAACCCAACAAAGAAUUCUUGAUCCUACAGGGUGUCCGUUUUGCUUUCCGUGUGCAUCAGUUUGCCGGAGGAUUUGAUGCAGAAAGUAUGAAGGCAUUUGAAGAGCUAAGAGGCAGAGCUCAUGCUAAAAGUGCAGAAGAAAGUAAACCGGAAGAAUGA